AUAUUUGAGGGGACAUAAACGUUUUCACAUCAAUUUAACUGAAGUUGACUGAAUUCACUGCAGAAAGGUUUCGACAGUCUUCAGUUUUCUAUUUUUGCAACUCACAGUAACACCAUAAGAAGCUUUGAGAUGUUUACUAGCCUAUAAGUUGCAUCCUCGGUGACCAUUAUAGAGGCACAUAAAUAUUCAGGUAUUACAACCGCUUUGAUAUAAUAAACCAAUUUAAUCUUGAAAAUUUAGUUUAUUUAAUUUCAUAAAACAUGUCGAUCCGACGUGUGUUUAUUUUCCCAGGGAGACGUCAUUCUAAAUAGUAAGCGAUAAGUUUCAUUUUACCAGGAAGACAAGAGAGAAAUGCAGAGAAAAGAAGUUUGUCAAUACACAGCCACGCGAGGGCGUUAAAUGUGCUAGUUAUGUGCAAUUAAACUUUUUAUACAUCCAAAGCGUGUCAUAAUGUGGAACAAGCAAUACAAUUCUAGCUUCUUCUGGAUCUUUAUUUCCAUCGCCCGAUCAAUACAUUGACUGACUUUAUAUCCAAAAAGAGAUUUUUAUACGUAAAGUUGAUGCCCCUACCCACAAUCGCAAGGUAUUCUGUGGGUGCGAACUUUUCUUUGCCUUCUCUCGACAUCGUUUUGCGUUUAUGUCACGUCUUUCACAUACUGCUCGAAAUAGCAUCGUCUACACUCCCUGUGUAAAUAAUCCACUUUUGUAAAAUACGUUUAAAUAACAAGAAAAAAGCGACCAAAGUCGUGGAAGAAAACACAACUCCACAAGCGCCUCUGUCGAAUGUGUUGUUGUUCUCAACCACGUCCGCGUACCGCCGUUAAAUCUCAAUCAUGAAACUCCGUCGUGAUGCUCACUGACAACUCAUAGCAGACAUUCUCACGUUCUCAAUAACCAUAUUUCGCCUAUCAUGUCUGCGAAGAUGGAAGAAUCAGCGCCAGUCCUCACUCCGACAAUAACCAAAACGAAGAAGACACCGACGAAAAAGGCAAAACCUGCAUUAACUGGCUCACCAACCAACAAGAAGCAAAAGAAGAGCAAGAAAACGCCUGGCAAAUACAGCCAGCUCGUCAUUAAUGCGAUCCAAACCCUUGGUGAGAAAAACGGCACGUCUCUUUUCAAGAUCUACAAUGAAGCGAAGAAAGAAAGCUGGUUUGAUAAGCAGAACGGUCGCACGUAUCUGCGCUACUCCAUCCGCGCUCUCCUGCUCAACGACACGCUCGUGCAGGUGAAAGGACUGGGAGCUAACGGCUCUUUCAAGCUCAAUAAGAAGAAAUUUGAGACGGAGAAAAAGACAAAUAAAAGUGCCGCUAAGCCAACCAAGACAGAGAAGUCUGUCAAACCCGCGCCCAAAAAAGCAGAGGCUAAGAAAGGCGGUGCAAAGAAGAGCACGAAGAAGAGCUCCGGCGGUAAAAAGAGAACAACCAACGCUGCCACAGAGAAGCCGAGUGUGAAGAAGACGUCCACCAAACCGAAGAAAGCAGCUGCCAAAACACCUAAAGUCGCGACGAAGAAAGCAACCAAGGCAAAUAAGUCAACAUAGAAUGAAAUAUCGGAAUCGUUUAUGUAAAUAUAAGAAGUGUGAGAUGCGAACAAUUUGCCAUUUUAUAUUUUAUCUUUAGGAGUUUAUACUUAAAACGCAUAUGUUGAAUUUGGUUUUGUUUUCUGUUUGAGGUUUGCGGUAAAACUUCUAGAAAUGGCUUUAUAGAGACACACCCACUUAUGUUUAUGCGCUGCAAUGUCAUGCUUUUUUGAAAUGCGAUUGCUGUUGAUGUAGUACCCUGAAAAGAUGAAUUUUCAAAUUUUGUUUAAAAGGUGAAGAAAAUGGCGACACUUUGUAAAUUUAAGUUUGUACAUUUUUUUCUUUUACUGUAACAACUGCUCUGUUUUUGCAACCUUCUGUGUAACCUUUUUUAAAUGGAUGUUAAUAAGAGAUGCCUUUUGUUUGUUCAGACAAUAAACUUUUGAUAUAUGAAAUUUGUUA